AUGGGCCAGACUUUUAGUUUCAUGAACAUCUUCAACAAGCUCUGGGGUGUCCAAAAAGAAAUCAGAAUCCUCAUUCUAGGUUUGGACGGUGCUGGCAAAACCACGAUCUUGUAUCGUUUACAGAUGGGAGAAGUCGUUACCACCAAGCCAACCAUUGGUUUUAAUGUUGAAACAUUGAAGUACAAAAACUUGACCUUAAAUAUAUGGGAUCUCGGUGGACAAACGUCUAUUCGUCCUUAUUGGAGAUGUUACUACAGCAAUACAGCCGCCGUCAUUUUCGUGGUUGACUCUACAGACAAGGAUCGUAUCGACAUCGCAUGCAAGGAGCUUCACACUAUGCUUAAAGAAGAAGAGUUGCUAGAUAGCGCACUUCUCGUUUUUGCCAAUAAACAAGAUCAGCCUGGUGCUAUGACUGCUGCCGAAGUGUCACAAGCACUUAGUCUAACAGACUUGAAAGAUAGAAGCUGGAGUAUCGUCGCUUCAAGUGCUGUACGUGGUGAGGGUCUUACAGAAGGGUUGGACUGGCUAAUGGACGUCAUCAAAGAUGAACAAUUAUAA